CUUUGCAGCUUUAGCUGACCGAAGCUUGAAGUACAUAAGUCCAGUUUGCUUGCUGAAACACAGAAACUUUAUCAAUGAUAACUGGCUGGUGGACUUACUCCAUUGAAGAGUGAUCAAUGAGACGCCAUCAGCUCUGCUAUCUGUAAGACAUUUUCAGGCAUGCCUUUACAGUUGGAUCCAAAUUCAGGCGUGGAUUAGUGACAAACGAUGGACAGUGUUUCAGGCCCUGGGUGAAACAGUGACUGAGGUCAACAAAGAGACAGAAAGUUACUGAAACUUAAGAGUGAAUGGAGGAGCGGGAGAACAGCACCACUGUGGGGUUUCUGUUCUGGACCCCUGCCCAAAUCCGAGCAUCACACACCAGUUCUGCAGCGUCUGAGGAUGAAACUGAGGAUGAGAAAGAGGAUGAUUUUCACAGACAGAUGGAUGAAAAUGGCAUCAUUGGACUAACGGAGGCGGUGGAUAAUGUCGGAAUUGAGGAAACCUAUGAUGACGUGAUGUUUCAGACAGAAGAAGAUGUGAAGCAGACCAUGGAAGAGCAGGACAAAGACCUCCUCACUACGGUAGAAAGAUAUUGUAACAUAACGGAGGACAGUGAAUCUGAAGAGGAACAAUGGGAGAGGAGUAAUUGCAGAGAAAAGAAAUGUGAAGUUAUCAGCUCCACCCUUUUUCCGCACCUCCGUCAUUUCACUGCUGAGGAGCUUGCUGAAGCACCAGGGAUUUUGUCUGAAUCAUCUUUGGUCUUAGAUUGCACAGAAAGCUUUACCGGGUCAAGCAGCAGCCAAAUAAGUGACUUGUCCAGCACAGUCAAAAGGGACAAGAGAAGUCCCGGUUCCUCUCCUGGUCCUGAGCCACAAGAUACAUUUUCAGAAGAGCUGCUUGUUGGAACAAGAAAUACUUGUCAUGAGCAAGACAGUCCUUGUCAAAGCAGAAUGAAGCAGGGCUCUCUUAAAGCCAAACAUUCACAAACUCAGUCCCUUGGCAACGUCCGUACAGAAUCUUCAAAAUCUACCUGUCAGACUGCAAGUCUACAAAGUCCGCCAAGCUUGUGCAAAGCCAGAGCCAAAACUCUUGCUAUGGAUGAGUCCAGAAAACAAUCUUUGAAUUACUGCACACCCGACUACUCUCAAGUGGAACCCAGAGUUCGCCUCCCAAAAAAUAUUUACACACCCCCAAAGAGCAGAUUUUGUUGGAGGAAGCGGUCUAACCCACCCUUGGCCUUAAACUGUACUGACAGUGUGACAGAGGAAGCACUGAGCGAUGCUGAUGGACCUCAGACUCCAGCAGAUUCUGGUCCCACAGUAUCUAAUGAGCUCAUCUUGCGCCAGGAUGAGGACACGCUGCUCCUACAGGAGAACUACAACGCGCUGCUGAUUAAGCAUGCAGAGGCAGAGAACAUCAUUGAUCAGCUGCGACUCGAAGCCAAGGUGAACCUGCACUCAAACCCUCCAGUACCCAACUUCUCCGUGCAAUUAGCACUGACCCAGCAGGGAUCAAAAGUCAUGACACUGGAUUUUCCUCAGUCACAGAGGGCAGAUGUCAACUGUUCAAGUUCUCUUCAUUCAAAUGGACAUGGAAACUCCCCAUCUUAUCCUCCUUCAUCUGCGUCCAUCCAUUCCAGAUGUUUGGAUGAACACAUGGGACAGAAUCUGUGCAAACAGAUCACCACAUUUGUCUUGCAGCUGCAGGAUUUUGAUAACCUCAUACAAAGCGGGAAACUUAAAGCUUCGGAACAGUUGGAGUGUUUGACACAGCUCGAGCAGAAGCUGGACUCUUUAAAGAACAAAUACCUGUCAACCAGGAAUGAGCACAGAUACUUCCAGCAACGAGGAGGACAAAUCAGCCAGUUUGACCCCAACCGGGAGCUGGAGAGUCUCCUCGUUCAGUAUCAAGUUCAUUUGGAUGAGCUGAAGGAUCCGUUGGGGCAGAUUACACAGGACCACCCCACUUGUGCAGUGUCUUCCUCGCCACCUCCUGUCCUCUCUCCGGUUUCAGUCUCCACCAGCGUGGGAGAACUCCUGCCUCAUCCACAGAAGCCAUGGUUGCCACUGGAUUCAGUGGCCAUUGCACAUGUGGACAUGAGAUCAGCCAAUAAAGAGUGCGAUCAAGAGGUUGAAGGGACUGAGGAUGAAGAAACUGUGUCCUCUUCUUACCUCAAUACCCUGAAAGACGAACAGAGCCAAGACUUCAACAUGGAGCUGGAUGAGCGUUACCAAAGCUACCAGGAGCUUCCCAAAGUCCUGAGUUUUGGUCAGGGGGAACACCUUCUAAGAAAUAAAGUACAACAAGGGGUUGAGGUUAAAGGAAGUGGAACAAGAAAAGUCAGGAAAAGUUUCCCACAAAGAUCAGAUCAUCAGGACUCCGUCAGCAAAGAAUCCAGGCCUCCUUCACGCCAAGUGUCCAGCCACUCCACCAUUCGCUCUGCUUAUCGCCCGGCUGGAAGCAGGAAGUUUAAGACGAGGAUGCCUCAGAGCAGCAGUCUGAGCAGUCUGGAAGACAGUGGCCCCUCUGAGCGAAGGAAACAGUUAAAGCACCAAUCUGGUAAAGUGUUUUCACAGGAUGAGAUAGGUUCUCCAGAGAUGGACAGUGGAUUUGUUGGCUCAGAAAGCAGCCGCCUGGCUUGUGCAACAGGUUGUAGUCCUCUCCACCAGACCACGCCAAUGAGUGUUUUGGUCCACCAGGAGAUGAACACAGUGAUGCAUCAGAUAGAUUCGGUGUCAGCUCUACCACCACCUGCCUCCUUGUCAUCACUCAGAAAGACAUCACUGGAGCUCAGUGGCUCUGACAAGCUGAGGACAACCCAACACCCGGACAAGAGAAGUACCUCAGAAUGCUGUGUUACAAAGCCCCACAUCAGCCAAACAAAAUCCAGGAGACCUGCAAACCAAACCACUUCUUCUGAAUGGGAGCAGAAUGACCAUCUCUGCGGCUCCUCAAGUUCACUUUCCACUUACAGCUCAAGUCCCUCCCCUGAUUCCUCGUGUCACCAUGAUGAGUCUCUCUCCAAACAGAAAGCAAAUUACGGGGUAAUCCUCCAAGACCUUCAGGCCGAAGUCAGCAGACUGAAGCGCAGAUUAGAAAGCAGUUUGAGAAAGUCUGUCAGAGCGGCUGCUUCAGAUCAGGGAAACACAUUCACACCGUGCACCGGAACUGAAGAGAUGAUGAGUGAUAUGAGCAGAGCAAGAAGAGUGAGACACGUGGCUGAGGAGUCCACGCUGAGGCCUGCAGCCGGGAACAGAUCAGCGUCUAUAUGCAGACACAAACACCAGCCACCCAUCUAUUCAGACUCUUUGCCCUGCACCACGCGGCCUCACAUUUCCAGAUGUACCCAGACAUCUGCAGCAUCACACAGCGACUUUUCAGACAGAAGCACAGUCCACAGCAGAAGAAGGCUGCCCAAUUCAGAAUAUUUGCCCUGCACCACUUGGCCUCGCAUUUCCAGAUGGACCCAAACAUGUGCAGCACCUCACAGCAACUUGUCAGAUGCAAAUACAGUCCAGAGCAGAAGAAAGCUGAACAGUAAGAAGACACGUCCACGUGCACGGCAUGCUGGUCCGUCUGAACAAGUGUGUAAGGCAGCUGAUGAACCCGACAGCAAAGAUCGAGCUGCAGUUUGUUCUGAGUGUUCAUUCACGCAGUCUAAAUGUAAGAUAUGGCCAGCUGGUGGCGACAAAGAACUGACACUGUUUUCUUGCACCUGUCACUGUCCAGUCUGCGGGUCAACGAAAACAAACACAAACUGCCAACCAGCUGUUCGAUCCGCUCCUGUACUGCUGCACUGUGUGCCAGCAUACACAUCGCCAUAUCUGUUCUACUGUGGUCAUAUGAGGGACUCUCACCCACAGCCUCCUGUUGUGUCUCCAAGUGCCAACAAGGGCACUUUGUUUGAGUUUGGAGGUCAAAUGAUGCCGAGCAGCUCCAUGAGCACCUCUUUGGAUCGAGCCAUCAGAGCUGCUCGGCGCAUGAAAAGCAGCUCCAGUCACAUGGUUCGAUACCUGGCUUCAGGACUGCGCUACAGAGAGUUGUUGUUUCAGCCUCAGAUCUACUAAACUAACUAAUGGACUGAGUGUCAAAAAAAAAAAAAGUAUUAAAGACUGUUACAAAAAGCUUCUGUUCCGCUUUAUUUUGCCAGCGUUAUCUGAUGAAGUCCCAUCUGUGUGCUAAAAGUAUUCAGUCACAGCUGUAGAUGUUUCAUCAACAUUUAUCUCAGGUCUACAUAACCAGGACCGAAACAGAUAUUGAUUUAUUAAUUUUGGAGUUUUCAUAGACACAGUGAUCUACACUGAUGUGAGAAAAUACUCAAGCAGGACGUCGACAAUAAUGCAUUUAUUUCAAGUCAGUAUUUGUUAUAUAGAGACUACCUGUAAAUUAUAGUACUUUAAAAUUUGUAUGUAAUGUUUUAAGCCGGCGAUGAGUAUUUUAAGCUUUUAUUUGUUGUUUGCUCGGCUGUGGCUUUUUAUUUUUUUU